ACGCAGCUCGAGCAAGGCUGGCUGCGGCGUGAGAAGUGCGGCGCGACUAGCUACCUCGGGAACCACCGCGGCAGGAUCGUGGCGGGAGUAGCGCGUAAGCUGGCCAAGCCGCGGUUGCCGCCCACGGCUGCAGGCAGGAGAACCAUCGACGACACGCAGAAAGGAAGGCUGCCCAACAGAGGACGCAAGGCCACACCAGAUGAGGAAUACGCUGACGGAGCAGCACCCGAGGCAACAAGCCCCAUCUCCUUCAGGCAGGGAACUGGCAGCGAGGAGGUGAUAGAACUAGACGCAGAGAGCUCCGAGCCCGACGUUGCCCAGCCAGAGCCCCAGCGGCGCAUGCAUCAUCCCCAGUCAGUUGUCCAGGCCAGCUGGAGGCUUGUGGACCGCAUGGAAGGGUACGCGGAGCAGUGGGUGACCAUCGUGGACCAUGAGGUUUGGGACGACAUGGGCGACUGGAUGGAGUGCUGCAUGCCCUACCUCAUGGCGGUCACCGGCGCGGGGGGCAGGGCUGUCAGCGAAGCCCAGGAGAGGGCCACGACGCCACAGGAGUACCAGCAGCAGCUGACAGACUUCCGCGAGAACAUCUGGAGGAACACCUACAGAACGCGCAGGAGGCUCAUGGCGCGGACGCUCGCCCUCCCGCGCGGUACCGGGCAGCUGGCAGCCAGGGUGCGCAAGCAAGCCUUCCUGGGGAAGAGGGGCAACAUCCCGGCGCACAGCAUCCCCAGCAGGGACAGAAGGCCGCUUCCCAGCACCACGGACGGAUACCAGGCCUGGAUGCCAGAGAACUUGGAUGACGUCUCAGCGAAGGUCCAGAACUGGAAUGGGCAGAAA